AGCUUUAUUUUGAAGGUGUGUAAAAUAAUAUAUGUCAAAAUAAACAAUAAUUUUUGUUUUGAAAGAAAGUAAAAACAAAGGAGGUAGGCAGGUAGAUGAUAUUUUGAAUAAAAUUUAAACAACAAAGCAACUGUUUUAUUAAAGAUAAAUACGAACAUAGUACGGAAAUUGAAAUGGUUGGAUUAAACAUGAACGGACCAGCACGAGAUCGAGUCCUGAAAUUAAUGGAAGAGAGAGAUCGCAUCGAAGCAGCAAUAAGAGAUGAAACAAGUGUUCUAGAAAGUAAUAAUGUGGGAAUGCACGAUCCUCUCUUAGAUCGAGAUGGAUAUCCACGAAAUGACAUCGAUGUUUACAAAGUCCGGCAUGCAAGACAUCAAAUUAUAUGUCUACAGAAUGACCACAAGGAGAUAAUGAAACAAAUUGAGCGUGGUCUUGGUGAAGUUCAUUCACAAUACCUGAGUACAAAUGGAGAAGGUCCUUCUGCACCACGCUCUACCACAACACAUACAAAUGGAUAUGGACCAGUUGUUGGUAAUGGAGAUAUAAUAAAUGAGAGAAGUUUUGCAGUUAUUGGGUCUGUGCAUGAUGGAUCUCCGGCUGAUUUGGCUGGACUCUGUACCAAUGACGAGGUUAUUCAGUUUGGUUCAGUAAACCACAGCAACUUCACAGAUGUUACACAAAUUCAUCAGAUUGUGUCACAUUCUGUGGGACAGAGGAUUCUGGUUCGAGUUCGGCGGGAUCAGUCAGUGCUGGGUGUUACCGUGGUGCCCCGUCCGUGGACACAGCCUGGGUUACUGGGUUGCCAGAUAAGAAGAUUAUAAAAUUCCCAGAAUGUGGUCCCUUAUCCUUAUUUUCAUGUGUAAAUAUAAUUUUAAAAAGAAAAA